AUGGCUCCCAGCAAGCGCCCCCACGAAGAUGAUACCACCAGUUCAACCAUCAAAAAACCCCGCCACGGCUUCAAGGUUGGCCCCGACAAUUUGCCUGAUGGAACUUGGCGUCGGAAGGUGAUUGCGAUCAAGAAGGAUUUGAUUCAAAAGGCGAAAGUCAAGAAGUCGUAUGCGAAAUUGAGGGCGAGGGAACCGUUGCAGGAAGAGAGGAAUCUAUAUGUUGAGGAUGAGGAGAAGAAGGAGGAUAAGGUAGAGAAAAAGGGAGAAAUAGAGGAGGCGGGCGAAGGAGAAGAAGCAGUGGAGCUACAUCCGCAGAGGAAGGCUAUGCUUGAUGAGCCAGAAACCGAGAUUGCUCCCGCAGCUGUUCCCCGUUAUUCCUCCAAUAAGUCUGAAGAUUCGAGGGAGAAGAAAAAGGAAAGAGGUGAUAGAAGAGGGGCAAAACCAGCAUAUUUCGCAAAGGAAUUGGCGUUUGCAGAGAACCAAAAGGCAGAGCAGGAGGCGAGAAGAGAAGAGUCUGAGAGGAGGGAAAGGGAGAAGGCGGCUAAGAUUGAGGAGAGGGAGAAGUUCCGAAGACAGAUGGCGAAAGCUAGGAGUGGAGGAAAGAAUGGUCAGAGAAAGUUAGGAAGGGAGAGUCAGGUUUUGUUGGAGAAGGUUAAGAGGGCUGUCGGUAAUUGA